AUGGAGAAGAAGAAGGUGGCGGUGUCCAAGGUGUGCCACGGCCACUCGCGGCCGGUGGUCGACCUCUUCUACAGCCCCGUCACGCCCGACGGCUACUUCCUCAUCAGCGCCAGCAAGGACUCGAAUCCUAUGCUUCGUAAUGGUGAUACUGGAGAUUGGAUUGGGACUUUUGAAGGUCAUAAAGGUGCAGUUUGGAGCUCUUGUCUAGACACAAAUGCUCUCCGUGCUGCCUCCGGUUCUGCGGACUUCUCAGCCAAAAUAUGGGAUGCACUAACAGGAAAUGAGCUACAUUCAUUUGAGCACAAGCAUAUAGUCCGUGCAUGUGCCUUUUCUGAGGAUACUCACAUGUUGCUCACUGGAGGUGUGGAGAAGAUUUUGCGUAUAUAUGACAUGAAUCGUCCAGAUGCAGCUCCAAGAGAACUUGACAAAACACCUGGUUCUGUACGAACUGUUGCUUGGCUUCACAGUGACCAAUCUAUUCUAAGUUCCUGCUCUGAUAUGGGUGGAGUGAGGUUAUGGGAUGUGAGAAGUGGAAAAAUUGUCCAAACUCUUGAAACCAAGGCACCUGUCACCAGUGCAGAAGUAAGCCAGGAUGGCAGGUUCAUCACUACAGCUGAUGGCUCAAGUGUUAAAUUUUGGGAUGCGAACCAUUUUGGGCUUGUUAAAAGCUAUGAUAUGUCAUGCACUGUGGAGUCAGCUUCACUUGAACCAAAGUCUGGGAGUAAGUUCAUCACUGGAGGGGAAGACAUGUGGGUUCAUGUAUAUGAUUUCUUCACUGGUGAAGAAAUAGCCUGCAACAAAGGUCAUCAUGGACCUGUCCACUGCGUCCGGUUUGCGCCUGUUGGCGAAUCAUAUGCAUCAGGAUCAGAAGACGGCACCAUCCGUAUCUGGCCGCUGAACCCUGCAAACGCCGAUGACACGGAGGCACCCAACGCCAACGGCAAACCUAAGGCCGCCGCGGUGGCAAAUGCGGUGGCAAAUGACGUCGCCCGUAAGAUCGAAGGCUUCCAUAUCACCAAGGAGGGGCAGACCGAGGCGUAG